UAUUUGUUUGGAUAUCUUGAAAGAUCAAUGGGCAGCAGCAAUGACUCUUCGCACGGUGUUAUUGUCAUUGCAAGCACUAUUGGCAGCUGCAGAGCCGGAUGAUCCACAGGAUGCAGUAGUAGCAAAUCAGUACAAACAAAAUCCUGAAAUGUUCAAACAGACAGCUCGACUUUGGGCACACGUGUAUGCCGGAGCACCAGUUUCUAGUCCAGAAUACACCAAAAAAAUAGAAAACCUAUGUGCUAUGGGCUUUGACAGGAAUGCAGUAAUAGUGGCCUUGUCUUCAAACUCUUGGGAUGUAGAGACUGCAACAGAAUUGCUGCUGAGUAACUGAGGCCUAGAAAGAGCUGCUGAUAGUCAAGCUUGCCUCUUCUCCAGGAGCAUCAACAUCUGUUAUUUUUAGGAUUCUGCAUAGAUUUCUUUUAAACUGGCAUUCUUGCCUAAGGAUGUUAUCUAGGCAACCACUGGAGACUGAAAAAAAAAAUC